AGCCGCUACGGAGAAAAGGGUGGGUAGCACCCCUCGUCGCCUUCGGCGCCCGUGCCCGGCCUGCUUUGCAGCGCCGUCCGAAUAAUCCGAGCCAUGGCCGACGACGCCGUGUCCAAGAGUGCCAAGAGGAGGGCCGCGAAGAAGGCCAGGGACGCCGCCGCCGCCGCCGAGGAGCCCGCGAAGGCUCCGGAGCCCGAGGUGAAGAAGGCGGAGCCGAAGGCGAAGCCGAAGGCGGAGGCGAAGGCGGAGCCGAAGGCGAAGGCGAAGGCGAAGGCCGAGCCCGCCCCAGCGGUGGCGGAGCCGAAGGCGAAGGGCAAGGCGAAGGCUGCGCCGAAGGCCGCCGCGGAGCCCGCGCCCGCCGCGCCGAAGGCCGCCGCGGAGCCGAAGCCGAAGGCCGACGCGAAGAAGAAGGCUGACGGCAAGGCGGCGGCGAAGCCCAAGGCCAAGCCGAAGCAGACGGAUGGAGGAGGAGCAGCGUUUUCGGACGUUGUCGUUCCUGGAGGUUUUCUAUCCUCGCGAUGCGUUUCAGCAGCUGUGCCUCGGCGAGAGUGUUCCAGGGGCUCCCGAAUCGUUCCGAACGGCUACUGGAGACACGAGUCAUGACCCGAGAGCCGAUUGGUCAAUCGCGGGAGUGACCUCUGGUGCACGGCUGCCGAGCGGUCGUCAGAGGCCAAUCCCAAGCAUGCGGGCCGCAAAUGCCGCAUCGCAUGGAACGAACGGCAGGCCAGUCACCAAGAGCCACUCUUGUCUGGGGGUCACUCUUGCGAGUAGCCGACUGGGGCAGAUGGGGCCGGAUGAUGGCGCUGCAUCGCCG